AUGGAAUUAUUUACAUACUUUUUAUUCCUUUUAAGCAUUUUGAAAUGUGUGCUUUCGUCUGAAGAAAAAAAUGUACUGUCGCACGAUAAUAAUUUUUCCGUGAAGGCAUAUAUUAAAAAGGACACUAAUGAAAACAACAGGAAGAUCCAGCUUGUGGAAUACUUUGAAAAGAUAGCCUUAGAUUUCAGCGAUGAUAUAAAUUCAACGAAGGAAGUUGUAAAAAAUUUGUUUCUAGAUAUAGAGGCUUCAUUUGAGGAAUUGUCAGAUGACGUUGCAAAGAACGUGUCAAUGUACAAUUAUGGUACUGAAGAAAAGCUGAACGUUUUGGAUGGACUUAUAAACGAAUUUAUCGAAAACAAUAAAGGAAUAAUCUUUAACUCUUCAGAUGAAGAAAAGAAAAUCGCAAAAAAGAAGUUUAAAAAAAUGUGUGAUUUAAUUUUAGGCAAGUUAAAAGUAGCUGUAGAAUUGUGUGUUAUUAACAAUUAUCGCAUACUUUUAAAAUAUGGAAAAGGUGAUAGAAAAAAAGAAGCCUUGGAUAGAGUAAAGAAUGAUGACAACAUUUCUGAUGAACUAAAAAAAGAGUUAUUAAAAUAUGAGAAUCUAGAAAAUAAAGAUGCAAAUGUCUCAGAAUUAAUUAAUUUCAUAACCCCUAUUUAUGAGAGCUUUAUGAAUAAAUUAAACGCUUUAAUACGUGAAGUUUCUGUUGAUAUAAACGAAAUAUUACAGUAG